UAAAUUUGGGCAUUUAGAAUUGGAAUAACAAAUUUUUCUCUAAAGCUGGAAGGGAAGUGCUACUGAAAUCAGUUAUUCAAGCCAUGCCCACCUAUGCAAUGAACGUGUUCCUUCUACCUAACGAUCUUUGCAGAGAAAUUGAAGUGUUAAUGAAUGGGUAUUGGUGGAAAGGAAAAGCCGGGUCGGGUAUCCGCUGGAAGAAUUGGGCUUCUCUCAGUACUCCGAAAAAAGUUGGCGGCCUAGGUUUCCGGAAACUCCAUGAAUUUAAUUUAGCCAUGUUGUCUAAACAGGCUUGGCGUCUUUUUACCAAUCCGGACUCCUUAGUCGGGAGAGUUUUUAAAUCCCGCUAUUUUCCGCGAGGGACAUUUUUGACAGCUACCCUUGGACAUACUCCCUCUUUUGUUUGGAGGAGCUUAUUUGAAACUCAGAAUAUUAUUCGGGAUGGUUUCAAGUGGCGGGUUGGGGAUGGUCGGUCCAUUAACAUCUGGGAAGAUCCAUGGCUGCCUGACCCAACCAAUCCGAAAGUUAUUACAGUGUCAGGCGAAGGCUUACACGAGGCUGUGGUUAGGAGUCUCAUGGAUGUAGAUGGUAAAGAAUGGGAUAUAGACAUUCUUAAUGACAUUUUGGAAGGUAGGGAUGUGGACUUAAUCCGAAGAAUUCCCCUUAGCCUCCGUCCGGUAUCCGAUGUAAAACAGUGGAGGUGGGAGGAGGAUGGGCGGUUCUCGGUUAAGAGUUGCUAUAGGCGGAUUGUUGGAGAGAUAAACCCAGUGAAUUGGACAGGGUGGACUGAAAUGUGGAAUUGGAAAAUUCCUCCAAAAAUUAAAUUUUUUUUUGACAGGUUUGUAGCGGUUGUUUGCCUACGAAAGAUUUGUUGAGAGCCCGGCAGGUGAACUGUUCAGGGAACUAUGGACUGUGUGGCAGCGCGGGUGAAUCUUUGUUACACAUUUUCAAACUAUGCCCGGUAGCACAAGAGGCUUGGAGAACAGCUGCAAGGAGUUGGACGAGCUAUGGAGGGGACAACUUUAUGGAGCAACUCCAAAUUGAAUUUCAAUCAAGAAGAAAAGAGUCCUUGGAAGUCUUGAUAGGGGGAUGCUGGGCACUCUGGUGCGAAAGAAAUCGGAGAGUAUGACAACAUGUUUCUUCAUCCGCUAAGGUUUUUAUGGAUAAGGCUCAUUAUUUUAUUUCAGGAUGGAAGCAGGCUCAGUUUGAGAAAGGAAGAAGACCAGAGGCUGUAGCCGCUGCUUCUACAAGUUGGCACAGACCUGCUCCGGGCAGAUUGAAGUUAAAUGUGGACGCUGCAAUUAGACCGGAUCGUUGCGGCUUAGGCUGGUGCUUACGGGACAAAGAGGGUAACUUUGUGGCACGUAAGCCGUGGCAUGGCAUUUUGUCGUCUUUGGAGGCAGAACUGAUUGCAAUCAGGGAAGCCCUCAGCUGGUUACAGGGGACAUGUUGGCAGAGUGUGGAAGUGGAGUCCGAUGCUUCGCGUGCUAUCUCGGAGAUCAAGAAGAAUACCAGUUUUUCCUCUUUUGGGUUAAUAGCAGAAGACAUAAGAGAGCUAGUAACGAAUUUUGCUAAUAUCUAGUUCUUUUUUAUUCGACGGUCAGCGAACAAGCUAGCCCACUCUAUUGCUCAGGCUGCUUGUUCUAUGUCUGAUUCGUGCUCUUGGUUUUAUGUUAUUCCUUCGUUUUUAUCCUGUAUUUUUGACAAUGAUUUGAUUAAUGGAAGUUGAGCUUUCUUCUUGCAAAAAAAAAAAAAGAAUUUGGGCACUCGCCAUUUUUCC